AUGGUCCAAGAAUCCUACGACAUCGUCAUCGUCGGCGCCGGCCCGGUCGGUCUGCUCCUCUCCCUGUGCAUGUCACGAUGGGGCUACAAGGUGAAGCACAUUGACAACCGCCCUGUGCCGACCGCUACUGGUCGCGCCGACGGUAUUCAGCCCCGUUCUACCGAGAUUCUGCGCAACUUGGGCUUGAAGCGCGCCAUCAUGGCCUACGAGCCCGCCAAGGUCUACGACGUUGCUUUCUGGGACCCCAAGAGCGACGGUACCGGUAUUGCUCGCACUGGUAGCUGGCCUAGCUGCCCUCGCUUCAUCGAUACCCGCUACCCCUUCACUACUCUUGUCCACCAGGGCAAGAUCGAGCGCGUUUUCCUGGACGAGAUCGAGAAGGCUGGAACCCGUGUUGAGCGCCCAUGGACCAUUGUCGGCUUCAAGAACGACGGCGCCGCCGACUACCCCGUCGAAGUCAACCUGAAGUGCCUCGACACCAAUGUUAUCGAGAACGUCCGUACCAAGUACCUGUUCAGUGGCGAGGGUGCUCGCAGCUUUGUCCGUGAGCAGCUUGGCAUCAAGAUCCACCACAAGGACCCCAUCGCCUACGUCUGGGGUGUCAUGGACGGUGUUGUCCGCACCAACUUCCCCGAUAUCGAGACCAAGUGCACCAUUCACUCCGACGCCGGUUCUAUCAUGGUCAUCCCCCGUGAGGACAACAUGGUCCGCCUCUACGUCCAGAUCGCCUCUUCCACCGACCCCGACUUCAACCCUCGCAAGACUGCCACCGCCGAGGAGGUCCAGCAGACCGCCAAGAACAUUCUGAAGCCCUACUGGGUUGAGUGGGACCGUGUUGAGUGGUACUCCGUCUACCCCAUCGGCCAGGGUAUUGCUGAGAAGUACACCCUGGAUGAGCGCGUCUUCAUGGGCGGUGACGCCUGCCACACCCACAGCCCCAAGGCCGGUCAGGGUAUGAACACUGCCUUCCACGAUGCCCUCAACAUGGCCUGGAAGAUCCACGCCGUCGAGAGCGGUCUUGCCGACCGUUCCACUCUGAGCACCUACGAGAGCGAGCGCAAGGACAUUGCCGAGACUCUGCUCAACUUUGACGCCAAGUACGCCGCUCUGUUCUCCAAGCGCCGCCCCAACGCUGGCGAGAUCUCGGCUAGCAAGGCUGUCUCCACUGGUUCCGAGGAAGAGGAGGAUGAGUUCGUCAAGACCUUCAAGUCCUCUUGCGAGUUCACUAGCGGAUACGGAGUCGCCUACAAGCCCAACGUCUUCAACUGGGAUGCUAGCCACCCCGCCAAGUCUCCUCUGUUCAACCUCCCCGGUGUCCGCCUGACCGCUGGCCGUGCUUUCACCCCGACCAUGGUGACCCGCCUUGCUGAUGCCAACUUCGUCGAGCUGGAGCAGGAGGUCCCCGUCAACGGAUCCUUCCGCAUCUACGUCUUCGCUGGUAACCAGACCAAGACCAAGAAGGCGAUCGCCGACUUUGCUGCCAACCUUGAGAAGGAGCGCUCCUUCCUCUCUGUCUACCGCCGCUCCGACAUUGCCGACGUCUCCUUCUUCGAGCGCCACAACCCUCACUCUAAGCUCUUCACCAUCUCCGUCAUCUACGCCUCCGCCAAGAACGAGGUCGAUGUCGACUCCAUCCCCCAGGUCCUCCGUGACUACCACCACCACCUGUACGCUGAUGACAUCCCCGAUGUCCGCGUUCCCCAGGCCAAGUUUGCUGCCCACGAGAAGCUCGGUAUUGACGCCGAGAAUGGUGGUGUUGUUGUCACUCGCCCUGACAGCCACGUUGCCUGCACUGUGCAGCUGGUUGAGGGCUCUGGCACUGUCGAUGCUCUCAACGAGUACUUCAACUCGUUCUCGACCAAGGCUCUUGGUCAGGACUCUCAGGCCAGCCGUCUGUAA